UGCUACAGGGUGGAGACCUUUCUUCUGCAUUGUUCUUUGUAUCUGUCUUUGCUUCUGACAUUCUUGCAGUCCAGCUUUUGGGGAAUCCACCACCAACCAUGCUUUUCUGGCACAGCCAACCCGACCAUUACUGGCCAAGCCCAGGGGAAAUGUAUCCUUGCUCUGGCAGCAAUCUGAUAAGGGAACCUCUAGCAUUGCCAUUCUUGAAGCAAGAGGACCCAAACAGUAUUUCAACAUCAGCCGAACAACACUGUCCAUCUUUCCAAUACAUUCUGUGUGCUGUUACCUCUCCAGCUGUUAAACAGCAUGAGGAGACCCUCACCUAUCUGAACCAGGGACAGUCCUAUGAAAUCCGGAUGCUGUGCAACCCAAAGAUGGGAGAAUUUUCAGAGGGACGUAAGUUGCUGAAGAGUGUGGUCAGGGUGGUAUUCCAUGAUCGAAGACUCCAAUAUACUGAACAUCAGCAGCUGGAAGGAUGGAGGUGGAACCGCCCAGGUGAUCGCAUUCUGGAUAUUGACAUCCCCAUGUCAGUAGGUAUCCUGGAGCCCCAUAUUCAUCCUACCUUGCUCAAUACUGUGGAAUUCCUAUGGGACCCAACUAAGCGGACAUCUGUGUUUGUCCAGGUCCACUGCAUUAGUACCGAGUUCACUUUACGUAAAAAUGGAGGGGAGAAAGGUGUUCCUUUUCGGAUUCAGGUUGAUACCUUUCGGUCCAAUGAGAAAGAUGACUAUGUGGAGCACUUGCAUUCAGCCAGCUGUCUCAUCAAAGUCUUCAAGCCCAAAGGAGCAGAUCGGAAGCAGAAAACAGACAGGGAAAAGAUUGAAAAGCAAUCCCUUCAAGAGCGUGAGAAGUACCAGCCAUCAUAUGAGAGCACAAUGUUGACAGAGUGUGCUCCAUGGCCAGAAACCAUCAGCAAUCUCCACAGCCCGCCCACAACCCCUGGCCUUGUCUCUCCACAUCCUUUCAAGCUUCAGACUCCUGAAAGGGUCUCUUCACCCAGCUAUGCCUUGGACAGCUCAUCAGAGAACAUAGGAGAAACCCUGAGCCCAAAUGCAUCCAUCAUGGAAACUCAACAAUGGUUGCACAAAAACAGGUUCUCCAAUUAUUGCCGGGUUUUCACCAGCUAUACAGGAGCUGACUUGCUCAAGCUUUCUCGCACUGAUCUGGUACAAAUCUGUGGAACAGCAGAUGGAAUCCGACUCUCUAAUGCUCUAAAGGCCAGGUGUGUGCGUCCUCGACUCACCCUUUAUGUGUCCAAGGAACUGGAAACAAGUGGGAACAAUGGGUCCCCCAACCCAGAGUCUGCCAUGUAUCAGGAGUUGUAUUUGGAAGAACUGACUGCCACCGAACUUACCAAUAAACUGGCAGAACUACUCAGCUUCCCAGUCAGUCAAAUCCAUCAAGUUUCCAGACAGGGGCCUACAGGAAUUCACAUCCUUGUCAGUGAUCAGAUGGUCAGAAAUCUCCCAGAUGAAUCAUGCUUUGUAGCAGCUGCAAUAAAAGUGCAGAACACGGAAGCCUACCAUUUAGUUCUAAAAUAGAACUGGAUCUUACAGAAGAUAUGCUGCCAGCCUGAAAAGAAGGAACAGAAUGGUAGAGGAGCAGGUGCAAUAAUAACAAUGAAAAGCCCAUAAGAUCACUGUAUCCCGAAGAACUCAGGAUUUCCCACAGCUAAACUUUUCUUGGAUCCUGAACUGAAGGAGCAAGUUGUUUUUUUAUUUAGAUCAAGAGACAUUGAAACUGCAAAUAUAACAUCCUGUUCAGCUUUCUAUCCUGCCUUUGAAAUAUGUAAGUGGAUGAGCACAAUUUUGCAAAACUCUCACCAAUGGGUAGAGGAAGCAACAGAGAUGUCAUGGUUAUGCAUUAGAAACUAAGCACCCAGGUCAGAGAUACUGUGACUGGACUACAAAGAGUAAAAUUAAAUAUUUUUGCAUGUGUGCAUUCACUUUUUUUAAAAAAAAACCCUCACCAUGGGUUUCACUUGUAUUGAACUGUUUUCUUCUCAGUACAUUGAGCCCUGAUUACUACUAGUCAAAAGUCCUUCUACAAACAGGUAUUUGCAGAAUCCUCACCACAUAAUGGUGGUGGAACGAUGUACUUUUUUGACAAAUGACUGUGUGAGACACAUUUAUACAUAAGAACUAACAAUGGGGAGGUACCAAACCCUUUGCGCUCAGUAUCCCCUGCAUAUAGUGCACCAAAAAUCCACACUGGAUAUAUUUCUAAGCCGAAAGCUUAAGGGACUGUUGGUGGGGAGUCUAAAUGACUAAUUUGGGAUAUCAUUAAUUUAUAUAGUGCAGUCAGUGUACGUGUUAUAAUGCUCACAAGGAAACACCAUUGCCUUUCCUUUACGAGCAACAAACUUGAAGCUAAGGAAAGAGCCUACACUGAUGCCUCAGUACAAAUAUUUACACAACAAUGCCCACACUGCAAGUGUGCUACUCUCAUUUUGCUGGGAAAAUGUGGAAUGCAACCAUCUAAAUGGUUGAGAAAUCAUUAAAAUGCUUUCCUCACAGCAACGAGGCUUUUAAAAAUACACUAUCAAGAGAGUUUUAAAGGUUGCCCUGAGGUGUGCACGAUUGUCAGGGGUUAGGACACUGCUGGAGAGGGAUGAUCUAAGCCAAAUAACUGCAAGGUAAGAAAGGCAGGGAGUCUGUAUAAAAUGAUGAGGUGCUACAUUGUUAUACGGAGUCGAUUCAAUCUUCGAACUGUAAUUUCCCAUCUUGCUUUAUGUCACUAGGCUAAUCAAUUGGCUUCAUCCCUACUUCACGGUAGCUCUGCUUGCUUGGAAUUUCCAUCUCCUGAUCUCAGCCACUACAACACCCUAUCCACAAGGUCUUAGUCUAAUCUAAGACUGGUGCCAGUGUAGUCACCCAAUAACUUUCUGGAGGUGAGAGGAGAGAGAUGAUAGGGUUCUUUUGGUCAGUAGCUGACAAAUCUUGGUAGAGAUCUUGAGGAGGCAGGUGACAGAUCGAUCUCAUUGUCAUGACAUCCAAUAGUAAGAAGAGGUGGUAAACCAAGGUCAGAUAAUUGGCUGAAGGAGAAUUGUGUAACAAUAUCUUUCAAAGCAUUUGAGUUUCCUAAUAUAUGUUCCAGCUUUCAGGAUAAAACAAGGUCAUGUUUUCAGUAGCAAAGGAGUACAAAUAUUUAGUGCACUAGCAUUUCCUCCGUUUUCCUCACAAGCACAGAUUGCAAGAUUUGGGAGACUGGAUUUUGCAGGUUUCAAGAGAAAAAUACAGUCAAAAGCUAGGUUUCAAACGUUCCAUGCCUGUGUUAAGCUGCAGUGCUAUAGUCAAUCAUUAGGGGGGAAAAUAGGACUUACUCCUAAGUAAACAUGUAUAUUCCUAAGUAAACAUGUGUAUGUUAUUGGUGUUACUAUUGUGCAUUUGACAGGUAGAACAGUAGCACAAAGCAAUUUGCUUUCAGAAGUCCUUUCCCCAAGAAAGGUACACCCUGCUUAAGCCAUUUUCACCUGUUAGUAUUAACUGCAAAUUUAUAUUUUUAAAAAAUCUAUUUUUAUUGCUGUAUAUGUCUAAGCCUUUUUAUAUUAAAAUAUGGCUGCGUCUUACUACCA